CAUACAAAACACAGUAACAUCACAGAAGAAGCAUGGUGUGCGUUACAGUGUUAAAAAUCUCCCAGAAAUCUUUCGUUUAAAGAUUUUCCUGGUGUUUGAUCCUAUAAAGAAGUCUGUAGUCACAAUGAGGAUUUAUCCAUAUUUACACAAUGUUGCCAAGUUUAGGACAGCGUUUGACUUUGGUGAACGAGAGGUGGCACAUUGGUUUCCUGGGCAUAUGGCUAAAGGCAUCAAGCAGAUGAGAGCCACUUUACGGAAGGUUGACUGCAUUAUUGAAAUCCAUGAUGCCAGAAUACCAUUUUCUGGAAGAAAUCCUUUAUUUCAAGAGAGCCUGGAUGUCCGGCCACACUUGCUCAUUCUGAACAAAAUGGACCUUGCAGACACUUCAAAAAAGCAGAGUAUUCUGAAACAGCUUGAGAGGGAAGGUGUGAGGAAUGUUUUGUUUACAGACUGCCUAAAACAACGAGACGAGAAUGUUAAAAAGAUUGUUCCUCUUGUGACAGAGAUGAUAGAAAGUGGGUCACGUUAUCACAGAGAAGAAGACACAAGUUACUGCUUGAUGGUCAUCGGUGUGCCAAAUGUGGGGAAGUCAUCACUUAUUAAUGCUGUAAGAAGAACAUAUUUGAAGAAAGGCAAAGCUUCAAGAGUUGGAGGUGAACCAGGAAUUACAAAAGCUGUCAUGACCAAAAUUCAGGUCUGUGAGCGACCCGUAAUUCAUUUACUGGACACCCCGGGAGUUCUGCCACCUAAAAUAGAGGACAUAGAGACCGGGAUGAAACUUGCUUUAUGCGGUACCAUUUUGGACCAUUUAGUUGGUGAGGAUAUCAUUGCAGAUUAUCUGCUGUUUUCAUUAAACAGACUGGACAGAUUUAGUUACGUUGAAAGGUACAAUCUUGAAGGACCAUGUGAUGACAUUCAUCAGGUGCUGAAGUGUAUAGCUGUGAAACUGGGCAAGACAAAGCGUGUGAAAGCCAUCACUGGGAUUGGUAACAUCACCGUCCAACUUCCAGACUACACUACAGCAGCCUAUGAUUUCAUCAGAGCUUUCCGGAAAGGAGAACUUGGAAAAGUGAUGCUUGACUAAUAAGACAUGAAACUAUUUCUUGCUGGUGUAACUGGUUUGUGUGGAGUGUUGCAAUUGCAUACUGUAAGGGAAGCACCUAUUACUUUUAAUGUUUUAAUUAAAAGAUGUGUGCACAAUGAAUUUUGGAGACGUCUUUGUUUUGCAUACAGUUAUCAUAUUCUGUGCACUAAAUGUAUUACUGAAAAUGAAGCUACAAUAAAUUAUUUGGUUUUAUAUAGCCUUGUUUAAUAGGA